CAUGGGCCUGGCCUUAAUUAUCCGUUUAUUGGCGAUUGUGACUUGGUGAUCAAUAAUAUACUCGUGCCUUUAAUUAUUGCCAGCGUAGUAUACGAUCUUUCGCCGUUCGCUGUUCGCAACACAAUCUGAAACAGUUUCGAAGUAGCUACAUGUGGGUAUUAUAUGGCUGAACAAACCUAAACGAAACGAAAUGAGUUUUCCUAUUUGUCACCCAAGACAUUGUCGUCUUGUUUGGUGCCUCGUUCUUUUGGUUGUCUGCGUGGUUCAGAGCGGAGCUGGCUCUAAUCUCCCUACCGUGAAAUCUUCGGAUUUCACGGCUGUUUCACAGUUUAACAGCACCGUCAAAUAUCGAGUGAUUCGGUCAAGCCAACGAGCCUCCUACUUAAGGUGUGCCGCGGCCUGCCUCAAGGAAGAAGACUGCAGCUACUUUAGUUAUACCAAAGACACCAGACGCUGUGAAUUGAGCGAUGACUCGAUCGUGUCAGUCAACAAAGAGAAGUUGAAAUACUUCAAAAGAAAUGGAGACUGUCCUUGCUCCGUGGAGGGACCUCUUGGGAUGGAAGAUGGUCGCAUCCCGGAUGAAAGCAUCACAGCUUCGUCUGUUUGGAAAAACCAAGCUGAUCAUGGCCCACUCAAGGCCAGACUUUAUACUCAAGAAUAUGCUGCAGCCUGGUGCUAUGGCGGAUAUGAAGACAGUCCAUGGAUACAGGUUGACUUCAAUGGUACUGCCACCAUCACUGGUUUGAUCACCCAGGGGCGCGGAGACUCCGAAUACGACCAACGGGUGACGGAGUACCAAGUGUCGUACAGCGAUGACGCUCAGUCCUGGGAUCACGUGACUGAUGCGUUUGGCAGACAAAUAAAGAGCGGAGCUGGCUCUAAUCUCCCUACCGUGAAAUCUUCGGAUUUCACGGCUGUUUCACAGUUCAACAGCACCGUCAAAUAUCGAGUGAUUCGGUCAAGCCAACGAGCCUCCUACUUAAGGUGUGCCGCGGCCUGCCUCAAGGGAGAAUACUGCGAAUACUUCAGUUAUACCAAAGAUACCAGACGGUGUGAAUUGAGCGAUGACUCGAUCGUUUCAGUCAACGAAGAGAAGUUGAAAUACUUCAAAAGAAAUGGUGACUCUCCUUGCUCCGUGGAGGGACCUCUUGGGAUGGAAGAUGGUCGCAUCCCGGAUGAAAGCAUCACAGCUUCGUCAUUCUACAGAAACCUCCCUACUCAUGCCCCACCCAGGGCCAGGCUUUAUACUCAAGGAUUAGCUGCAGCCUGGUGUGAUGAUGGAUCUGAAGACAGUCCAUGGAUACAGGUUGACUUCAAUGGUACAGUCACCAUCACUGGUUUGAUCACCCAGGGGCGUGGUGAUCGAUACAACCAAUGGGUGACAGAGCACCAAGUGUCGUACAGUGAUGACGCUCAGUCCUGGGAUCAAGUGACUGAUGCGUUUGGCACACAAAUAAAGUUCGCUGGUAACUCGGACAGGAACACGUUGGUAACCGCACGGUUCCCAUUGGCAUUGCGCACCCGAAUCCUGCACAUUCACCCCACUGCAUGGAACAAGCAUUGUAGCAUGAGGUUUGAAGUGAUUGGCUUUACAAUACGCCUGAGCGGAGCUGGCUCUGAUCUCCCUAACGUGAAAUCUUCGGAUUUCACGGCUUCACAGUUCAACAGCACCGUCAAAUAUCGAGUGAUUCGGUCAAGCCAACGAGCCUCCUACCUGAGGUGUGCCGCGGCCUGCCUCAAGGAAGAAGACUGCAAAUACUUCGGAUAUACCAAAGAUACCAGACAGUGUGCAUUGAGCGAUGACUCGAUCGUUUCAGUCAACAAAAAGAAGUUGAAAUACUUCAAAAGAAAUGGUGACUCUCCUUGCUCCGUGGAGGGACCUCUUGGGAUGGAAGAUGGUCGCAUCCCAGAUGAAAGCAUCACAGCUUCGUCAUUCUAUGAAAACCGCCCUACUCACACCACUGCACCCAGGGCCAGGCUUUAUACUCGAGGAUCAGCUUCAGCCUGGUGCAGUGACGGAUCUGAAGACAGUCCAUGGAUACAGGUUGACUUCAAUGGUACAGUCACCAUCACUGGUUUGAUCACCCAGGGGCGUGGUGACCGAAAAACCCAAUGGGUGACGGAGUACCAAGUGACGUACAGUGAUGACGCUCAGUCCUGGGAUCACGUGACUGAUGCGUCUGGAACACAAAUAAAGUUCACUGGUAACUCGGACAGCAGGACGUUGGUAACCGCUCGGUUCCCGGUGGCAUUGCGCACCAGAAUCCUGCGCAUUCACCCCACUAUGUGGAACAACCGUUGCUGCAUGAGGUUUGAAGUGAUUCGCUGCCAUUGAUCAAUCAGUCAACUACUGGACUGGAAAUAGUACCGAAAGGAAUCGAUAUCGAAAGGAAUCGAUCAUUAAAACCAUCUUUUUUUGUAGUGAUGAAAUUGGUUGUUACAAAAAAACAACAGUAGGUUACCUGGAGCUCUAAACGAAGUUUGAUUUAAAAUUGAACUGAAGUAAACUUUAAAGCGUAAAAGAAAAUGUCAAGUGAAGCCAAGCUAUUUCUAACGUUUUUUUAAUUAGCAUUCAUUUACACCUAUGACAGUUCGUAGUGGUCAAUAGCAUCGCCAUGGCUGGCUCUAAAACCAUCGUUUAAGCACCGGAGAAAACCGGCCAAUUAUAAACGUGGCCAUUAAUCAGGACCAAUAAAUUCUGUUUUGUCCCCUUUGUUUUUAGGUUGAAAAAGAACUCAUUUUUAUCAGAAGUUGGUAAGUUGGAAAUUCGGGGGAAAAAAUCAUUUAGUAAAACAAAUUAUUUCAGCUCAGCUGGUUUUCCUAAAGUCUGUCUGUUAAAUUACACAAACGCGGCUGACAUGACCUGCUUCACCACUUCCCACGCGCCGUCUAGUAUGCCCAUACUGGGCAGCACCACCUUGGCCGCAAACUACAC